GAAAAAAUAAACACAAUUUCUCAGUCCAUUUUGACUUUAUUUAAUAAGUAACGUUUCAUAGCAACAUUAACUCGAAGUUUAAAACUCAACAUCUGUAAAUAAUAACGCGGUUCAAAUGUUAAUAAACAAACUAAUCGCUACAACCAAAGACAAUAAAUACGUUCCAACCAGGCAUAUAAAAAGCACGAGUCAUCAAUGUGACAUAAGUAGUGUUAAUCCAACAGUGGUAGUGAGUAGAUUGUAGUUGGUGUUUAGAAGUCAUCCGCUUCGUUGAAGCUAAUAUUCGGCAAUGUCAAAAAUUAUUCGAAAAAUCGUAUCUUCCAGUAAAUGUCCAAAACCUUCAGCUCCGUACAGUCAAGCAGUAGUUGCGGAUCGUACUGUUUACUGUUCCGGAGUGAUCGGCAUCGAACUGAAUGAACCCAAGCUGGUAUCGGGAGGAGCCACCGCACAAACGGCUAAGGCAUUGGAACACCUUUCGAAUUUACUGCAGGAUGCCGGAUCCGGAAUCGAUAGGGUCGUCAAGACGACGGUGCUAUUGGCGGACAUGAAUGAUUAUGCAUCCGUGAAUGAAGAGUACAAAAAAGUGUUCACCAAAAAUUUCCCUGCGCGAACCUGUUACGCUGUAGCCAAGCUGCCUCUCGGAGCCGCAGUUGAAAUCGAAGCUGUUGCUAUUGUCGGCAGCGUUCAGGAUGAGGCAAAGUAGACUGCCACUGAUGUAGUUCAACAAGAAAUGGCGUUGAUUUUCGUUUCUUCUACGAUAAAAAGAGGAUAUGUCAUUACUUCCAAUAUUGCAUAAGGCUCUCGGAUAAAACGUGUAAUUUGCAAAUAAUUAAAAACCUAUUUUUAUCCCCCUAGUGGUGGAAUUAUGCUCUUCUCAUACUUCUUAUAUUUUCAAAAGCAUCACUAGAAGACUCUGUUUAGAUUGUAAUUUCAA